AGCGAACCCAUUGAGUUUUACAAAUCCCGCUCAUAAUCCAGCUAUAUCAGUUAAAUUUUGCCAAUAGUACUAUUUAAAGUAUUAAGAUGACGGAACCCAACAUUCUCCUUCCCUCAGACGGUGCCUCUGGAGUCAAACCUGACGGGACAGCGACAGCGACUUGUCUCUGUGGUGCUGUGCAAUUGUCGUUCCCUGUCGAAGGCGAAGAUUUGAUUAACACGUUUGUCUGCAACUGCAGUGAUUGCCACAAACUCAGUGCCUCCAUGUUUUGUUCAAACUUCACUGUCAGCGACAAGAGCCUUAAGCAUGUUCGAGGGGAAGAUAAAUUGACCAGAUGGGCUCAGAGCAAAACUAUUGCAUCCUGCGCUACGAUGGAAGACAGCUUUUGUUCCAUCUGUGGCAAUUUGAUGUAUAGGAGAAGCAGCAGAUUCCCGGGAAUGAGCAUCCUGAGAAUUGGGACUGUGGACGACUUCAACUUACAUGAAUCGAAGCUGAAGCCACAAUUUGAGCAGUUUAUAGAUAACAGAGCCAACUGGCUAGCUGGGGUACAGAUUGAAGGAAUACCACAUCACGCAAAGUCUGGAUUCUAGACCUGGCGGAGACUUGUGCUCUAUUCGAAUAGCUAGCUUCCAUGGCAAUAUUUGCUUUCAUCUAUAAGUGGACGAAAGAGCGCAAAUGAUUAAAACCCUACUCCUACAGCUCAUGUUGGAAGAGAAUUC